GAAUUCCAGGUUAUAUUUUAAGUGAUAAAUGCCAAAUCUCAUGAUAACAAGAUGUGUGACUCACCAGUUAUGCGAUCUGCCUUUAGCUUAAAUAGUUCAAUCUCCAGAUUUUCUGGUUCUGAAGCGAGUUACUACAAGUCAGACUCUCAAUUAGAUGUCGUUGAUGAAUCUUGCAGUGAUAAUUCAUCCUUAGAGGUGUGGGACUGUAGUGAAGAUGCUGAAAGUCUUGGAUCAUGUGCUAAAAACAGAGAUUCUUACCCAUACAGACUUCAGCUUGAGAAGGAUGUACAAAGGUUACAACAGAAGCUGCAUGAAGAGAUGGAACUCCAUAUUAUUCUGGAAAAUGCUAUUAAGAAAAAUGCUGUGAAGCUAUCCAGUUCAUCAUGUCUCCCACACCAUGAAGGUGAACCUCGUUUAUCCAGUUUCGGCCUUAUGAAAAAUAGCAGAGAUGGAAAAAGCUAUAGUACCAACUUAGCAUACACCCCACCUGAGUUUCUGUAG